AUAUAGCCCUAAUCCUUCCUGUUCAUCUGAAACCACAUUAUUCCAGACGUCUGUUACGUGGCGUCCACACGUCUCUGCGUCAAAAGCUCCACCAUACGCCGGUUAUUUUUCAUACCAGGUAAUUUUGCACUAAGAAGCAAAUGGAUAAGACAUCUGACGGUCCUUUUAAUCAGCAAGACAUUCAAAGAUGUCCUUUUUUAAGGAACAUCAACAAAACAACCAACUUCUCUUUCGCGUCAAUCCAUCUGCCUGUUCCUGAAAAUGGAGACAGGGGUCCAAUAUUUGAAGAUGACUCCAGCUUUGAAAUGGCUUUCAAGCUUUUCCAUGGAAAAGACGGGAUUGUCCCUCUGUUUGAGCGAGAUUUUGAACAGAUAAAACCUGAAUGCGAACCGAAGUUUAACCCUUUAGCUGCAAAUGUUGCAACAAUUAGUUUGUCAGCUUUUGGUCCAGGAGGUCCAUUUGGUUUUGGGGCUUUUACUGAAAAACGGAAGAUGCAGAAACGUGAAUCUAAAUCAUCCAAACAGGAGUCAUCGCGUAAGGGAGAUACAUCGACACACGAAGCACUUGGAAACGAGUGGCUGGAAAACGGAAACUGCCCAAUUGCCAAGUCAUACAGAGCGGUAAGCAAGGUACUCCCAGUAGUGGCAUCACCUCUUAAACUACCACCUGGAGUUAAGCUUAAAUGUCCACGAGCCGUAGUUGCUGCCCGAGCUGCACUAGCAAGGACCGCCCUUGUAAAAAGGUUACGCCCUCAACGACUCCCUGAGAAAAUGCUGGUCAUAGGAAUGUUGGGAAUGGCAGCUAAUAUUCCUUUAGGGAUAUGGAGAGAACACACUCGUAAAUUCUCACUAUCUUGGUUCAUUGCAGUGCAUGCAGCCGUGCCGUUUAUAGCCAUGCUCAGAAAGUCGGUUUUGAUGCCUAAAACAGCUAUGGCGUUUACAGUUGCAGCUUCUAUACUUGGGCAGGUUAUCGGGUCAAGAGCUGAACGGGUUAGGUUGAUGAGGAUCCGAACCCAGAUGCUGGCUCAAGUGGUUACUGUAGAAACCAUUGCUCGUCAUGGUUCUUCGACCGAUGUUGAUGGUCUAACCAAGGGUCAGUGCAGGCGUGAUGAACCGUUUAGGGGUCAAUUUUCUGGGGAAUGUGUAAGGUACCAAUCUUCUUCAUCAUCACCACCUGGUGUGUGUUGUUGAGGUAAGUAUUUGGUACCAUGAAACUAGCGAUGCAAAUGCUAUUGUAUGACUAUCUGAAAGUAGGUAAAAAUGGCUGCUAUUAUGUAGUGCAUUUUGUUUAUUAGUAAUAUUUUUAUUUUAUUUGGGUUUUAUUUAUGUAGAUUAUUACGGGUCUUGUUAAACAUAAAUAAAUUUUAUUGUUGCGAAUUUACAAGAUAUUAAGGAA